UUAUACUUUAACAUGAACCAUAAAGCGGAAAAAGAAUGGGGAAAAGGAAGAGCUACUCCACUCCUCAGAAAUGGAUUUACAUGAAUGUGUUCAUGAGGAAUACCUCUCAUGUGUAUAUAAGGAGACGUUUAGACCUCAUUUAGAACACAUCAGCUCUGAAAUCUUCAAGCUCUCCAAAACAUCUCCUGAUUCCUUCUGUGAUUGACAAGAAACGUCUAGAAGAAUGAGAAGCCUGAUGUUUCUGCUGGUUCUGGUGCUCUUCUGUUGUGUACAAGAGACUUCAUGUGCUCCACUUGCAAUGAAUUCAGCAAAAUCAGUCUGCUGUGAAGCGACCACUGAUAAAAAUAUUCCUCUGAAGCAGAUAAUGUCUUACCAGUGGACCACCAGUACAUGUCCUAUAAAAGCCAUUGUGUUUAAGACAAUUGCAGGCAGAAAGAUCUGUGUAGAUCCUCAGAACACCUUGGUGAAGAAUCAAGUCGCUAAACUGGACAAAAGAACAUCAUCUACUACAGCAUUAUCUCCUGAAUCCACAUCUACAACAGCAGAAACUCCAGCAGCCACAUCUGCUGCAGCAUCUUCUUCUGAAUUCACAUCUGCAACAUCCUCUCAAGCAUCCACAUCUGCUACAGCAUUGUCUCAUGAAUCCACAUCUGCAACAUCAUCUCCUGAAUCCACAUCUGUUUCAAAAUCAUCUCCUGAAUCCACAUCUGCAAAAUCAUCUCCAGCAUCCACAUCUGCUACAGCAUUAUCUCCUGAAUACACAUCUGCGUCAACAGUAACCUUUACUACAGAGUCUCACAGCACCUCAGAUCAAUCUGCAGUUAUUUGAAAACAUUAAUUUUUAUAUUGCAUAUUCACUCUAUUUCUAAUGUAUAUUUGAACGUCUAAUAUUUUAAAAAUUUGUUUACGCAAAAUGGAAUUUUGUUCAUCUGUUUUAAUAAAACACAAG